ACCAGGCACUUCAUCCAACACGUGGGGAUUACAAUUCGACAUGAGAUUUGGGUGGGGACACAGAGCCAAACCGUAACAGGAGGACUGCUGGCAUUGAGGGUCUAACCAUACAGGCGAGGCCCGGGCAGCAUCUGCAGCAGGAGCCUGGGGUAGCAUGUGCUCAACACCGGGAUGUGCUGCCAGAUCCCCUCCAAGAACUGACUUGUUCCCCAGGCACUGGGAGCAUGGUGAGUACACAACCUGCAGCUGUGAGCCCCUUCCAGGAUUGGCUCAGCUGCUGAGCUGCUCACCCAAGCUCACACUUCUUCCCACAUUUGAUGACUGAUCAGUAUAGGAAUAUAAAGGCCUGGCCAUCUGGCACAGCACUGCAAGGGCCAGUCUAGCUGCAGAGGACCUGAGAGGUCAGCCCAGGCUCCCUUCCUUAGGGCGGAUCCUAGGGCUCUCCUUACUAAACAUCCCAUACUCACAACUCCUUUCCCAAAUCGGUUUCCCAGAGAACUCCAGUGCUUUCAUGUGGUUGCAGAUAUUGCCAAGAAUGAAAGCACAUCGGCUUGGUAUCCUAGGACUAGUAUGCCAGCUAAACAACGAUAAAGGAGCUACAAAUCCCGGUUUCCACAGGAGCUUUAACUAUGAUGGUCAAAGCAGAGGGCUUUGAAGACAGCAUAACCAUCCUGUGGAAUCCAAACUGCACAGAAAUCAAAUGGAAACAUAUUUACUUAGUGUCAGGAAUUGUUCUACAGUUUUAAGGUGAAUGAGAUUCUUUUCAUGCAAUUGAAUCUACGCCAUGAGAAGUCUACCCUACCCAUCACUGAGGAUGUACAAAAGUCCCAGGGAAGCUGGUGAUAGUUGUACUCAGGAAACUUGCCUUUGACCUCCAAAUACAUCUACAGUUGCUGAACCAUGAGCUACUACAGCAGCUAUUAUGGAGGCCUGGGCUGUGGUUCUGGAGGCUUUGGUGGCUGGGUCUAUGGCUUUGGCUGCGGUUGUGGCAGCUUCCGCAGGCUAGGCUAUGGCUGUGGCUAUGGAGGCUAUGGAUUCAGCUGCUGCCAACCAUUAUACUAUGGAUGAUAUGGAUUAUCUAGCUUCUACUGAAGAGUGAACUCAUUCUUUGGAUCACUAGAAUCUGUGUAUCAUCCUGACUUAAUUCUCCUUUCAGGUCUUUUUACCCCCUCUGUCAACUGCACAGCCACUUUCUUGAUAAACCAGACAAAGCAGCAAAGGGUGCCUUGUGAACUCUUCAGAGUGAAGACUCAAUUCUGGCAACAAACACAACAGAAACAGUGGCAGCAGCAAGGGGAACCCUUCCUGUAGAAUGACCUAGAAUCUCACCUUUCAAGCUGUGAAUCCCUCUCUUCCCUUAUUAAUAUAUCAACAUGGCACCAACUCUUCUAUUUCAAUAAACUAAUUUUAAUAG